AUGGUUUUAAGCCAACAUAAACAUGUUACUGAAGUAUUAUUGAGUAACAAAUUAGAUAAAGACUUUCAGUCAAUGCUAUUACCACUGGAACUCGCGAAUAACUUUAUUCUAUUACCAAAAUAUUACAUCCGUGAUGAUUUCAUAACGCCCAAAGGAACUAUUUCGAAUUUCAUCUCAUUUUUCAUACAUUUGAAUGUAAAAUUACAAAAUAUUUUUAAUAUUCUCGAUACUAAUAAGACGGUAUUAAAAAAGAUUACACUCCUGAAUUGGGUAUACAUGUUGAGUAUUUCUAUUUUUUAUUUAAUU